GUACAAGUAGUGUUUUAUACCUUUAUAAUAUUUUUUUAUGAAAUAAUUUAUUAUAAAUAUAUCUAAAUAUGUGUUUUUUAUUGAAAAUGUUUCUUUUAAUAAAUCUCUUUAAGUAUUUGAUGGGUGAUCAAAAAUGUCUGUCUUCGGAAACAAAUGUAGAUAAUUGUCAAGAUUGGACAAAAAUGUCUGUACUUGUAGCAAACCUAGUUGGACGGUCUGCCACUGAAGAUAAAGUCGAAACAAAAUCCAACAUGUUAACGCUUUUGUUACGCGUGGCAUCUGGUGUUAUUGGACGUGAAUCUAAUGUUUUUAAAACACUUGUAGUAAACGGAAUGGUUCUUUUGACACGAACGAUUUUGACUGUUUUCAAGUUCAAAACUGCCAAUCAGAGUACCGAUAAAGGUCAAAAGACUAAGUUGUUUCCUAGCGGCCAUCCAAUCGACUGGAUCAUGAGCAAUACCUAUAUAAAAUCGAUGGUGGACGAUGCAACUGACGAAACGUUACUCGAUGGACUUGACCGUUUGGCGUCGGGCAUGCCGUGCGUUCAAUUGCUCGUGUGCCGCGUGUCACCGGUUGUACGCGAUAUGCAGCGCCAGGUGAAGGAACGCUGGAGCGACGGUUUGAACCGGGAAGAAAGUCACUCGUGGAAUGUGUCCGACUGGCAGCAAGUCAAAGCCAACGUAAAACACUGCGCGGAAAAACACUCGGAGUGCGCGAAAACGAUCAAACUAAAUCCGUUUACGUGAUGAUAAAUCAUUAUAGUUAGUGCGGUAUACAUAUAUUAUUGUUAUGAUUAUUGUAUUUAUGUACAUCGCAUUACGAAAUGACGAACGUUAAUUAUACUGCUUAAAUCUUUAUUCUACUGAUGGAGGAUUACGUCCAACGAAUUUUUAAACUGUUGAUAUUCCUUGAAAAUGCCAAAAGCAUCGAAGUACGGCAUUUCUUAUCUAAUAGACAAUCGUUCAAACGGAAAUUUGUUUAGGCACACGUAUAAUAUAUGUUAUACUAACAAAUAAAAAAAUGUAUAAAUAUAGCUAUUACGGUUGUGAUGCUAGUACUAAAUCUACUACAUUUAUACCAUUACUGCUUACGAUUAAAAAUUUUACCGGGAGCAUGAUUAUUAUUUAAUCAUGAUCCUGCUUGACAUCGUAAAAUACACAA